AUGCAAGAAGACCUCUCUCCCCAGCCACAGGUUGCACACAGCAGGCUCCUGCAGCUCAGAUCCUCCCGCAGGUGUUUGAUGUACAACAUGGAAGUUUUGUCAGCAUCAGAAGUUCAUGUAUAUGACAAAGAUUUUGACGGAAGAAAAUACCUUGAUAUGUUCUACAGAGUAGAUCCUGAAACCGAUAAAGAGUCAAUUUUCAUGCUCACAUUUCUAAAAAACAUAUUUUCAUCAGGUCGUGUGGAAGGCAAUAGUCUUAUAGAGAUUGGUGCUGGUCCCUGCAUAUAUCAUAUUAUUUCUGCCUGUGAAAACUUCAAGCAGAUUUACCUCACAGAUUAUGUACAAGGAAACCUGCAGGAAAUAGAGAAAUGGCUAAAAUGUGAUAGGGAGGCCUUUGAUUGGUCCCCGGUUCUGAAGUAUGUCUGUGACAUUGAAAACCACAGGUCCACUGAGGAGGAGAAGGCAGAGAAGAUCAGGAGAAAAGUCUCACUCAUGAAGUGUGAUGUCACCAAAGCCAACCCGCUGCAGCCAAAUUCCCUUCCCCUGGCGGACUGUGUGAUUGUUGCCGGGUGUCUCAUCUGUGUUUGCAAUAAUGCUGAAGAUUUUAAGAACGCCCUAAAGAAUACUGUAUCCCUGAUCAGAUCCGGGGGUUAUCUAGUUAUCGUAGAUUACUUGGGGGCCUCAUACUACUUGGUCGGCGAGGCAAAGUUUAAACUUCUGUCCCUAGAUGAGAAUAUUGUGCGAGAGGCAGUGACUGAGAGCGGAUGUGAGAUUGAGGAGUUUACAAAGUGUACCGACUUUCAGAUUACAGAAGAGGUCUUUGAUUGUAAAAAUGUUUUCUGUCUUCUAGCGCGCAAACAUUGA